UCCGAGAGCAUUGGUUAGUUCAUAGGCACAUGGUAUUCUGUCCUUAUUGCUAUAAAGUGCAUACUAAUUAUUGGAGAUUGAGACUACAUUGGAGAAUGCACGAACCAUUUGAGUGCGACGUAUGCUACGACACGUUCAAGACAUUAUCAGAUUUGAGGGAUCAUCACAUCUCGUUGCAUCGCGAGUUACCAUUCGAUUUACCGUUUCGUCCAGUUUCAGUGGAAAGAGAAGAAUAA